AUGCUAAGAGCAUUAGUGAUACGAGGUAGUCUUCGUUCAGCCGCAGUUGCAGCGUGGAAGAUACCUGCUGUAAUGGCGGGGGAGACGCCUAGUAUUUGCACUGGAUACCUGCAGCAAAAUAAAUUCAGUUUGGAUCAAGUGCGUUUUGCUGCUCACGUGCAUUUGACGAUGAAAGUUGUCGAACAACGAAUUAUGCUUGUUCUGAGUUUGUACGAUAAGGUUGAUCCAAAGAAACUGACACUUGAUUCGGAUUUUAGAAAAGAUCUUGGAUUGGAUUCAUUGGAUUUUGUGGAAGUGAUCAUGGCAAUCGAGGAUGAAUUUCAUUUCGAAAUUCCAGAUGGUGAUUCUGACAAUAUGAAAACACCAAGAGAUAUUUAUCAGUAUAUUUGUGAUAGGAAAGAUGUUUACGAAUAA